AUGUUGAAACUUGCACCUACUAUCCGUAUACUGACAGGCUUGUCUAGUCGGACAGUGCCCAAGUUCAAAAAUGUACUUGGUAUAAGAUGGGAUUCAAAUUGCUCGUCAAGACAAUACCCUGAGGAAAUUACACUUGAUGGUAGAACCUAUAAAACCGACGACUGGACUAACAUUCCUCCGUUUAUAUUAGAAUUAACAAAAAGACAAUUACAUCAAGAUGAAAAUCACCCUAUUGGUAUUUUACGUGAUUUGAUAGAGCGAAAUUUUAAAGGUAUGGGAUAUACUUUUUACAAUGAUUUCAAGCCUACGGUAACUACAUUUCAGAACUUUGAUGUGUUAGGGUUCCCACAAGAUCAUCCAGGUAGAUCUAAGUCGGAUACGUAUUAUCUUAACAAAGAGAAUUUAUUAAGAACACAUACUUCAGCUCAUGAAAAUGAAUGUUUCAAAACGUGCCAGACCCCAGGUUAUUUCAUUACUGCAGACGUAUACAGAAAGGAUGAGAUAGAUAGAACUCAUUACCCAGCGUUUCAUCAAAUGGAAGGUGCUAGAUUAUG